AAAAUAGCCCAAAUUCUUCCCCACAGGAUGCAAUUCACGCGUUUUGAAACCUUCAACAUCAAACCAACCUUCCCCAAAUUCCAAAAUCACGAACCCCUUCGCUCCCACAUUCCCCAGAAUAAGAUCGGAUACGGAGAAAAUCGCAAUCCGCUCGUCUGCCAAACGAGGCGGGCGAAAUAACGAGAGACGACAUCAACGCCACCAUAUCCAUAAAAUCGUUUGAGAGGAAGCAGUUUUUUCGUUAUUUCUGCAAUUUUUUCUGGUAUUGGGAUGAUGAUGGAGAUGGAUAGGAUAAAUAGUGCUGUUUUGGAUGACAUCAUACGCAGGCUUCUGGAAGGGAAAGGAGGUAAGCAGGUUCAGCUUUCGGAGUCUGAGAUCCGGCAGCUGUGUGUCAACGCCCGGCACAUCCUACUCUCCCAGCCCAAUCUACUGCAGCUCCGCACCCCAAUCAAGAUCUGCGGUGAUAUACAUGGACAAUACCUUGAUCUUUUAAGGUUGUUUGAAUUUGGUGGUUACCCUCCGGCUGCAAGUUAUUUGUUUCUCGGGGACUACGUAGAUCGAGGCAAACAAAGCUUAGAGACCAUCUGUUUGCUUCUAGCCUACAAAAUAAAGUACCCCGACAAACUCUUUUUGUUGAGGGGGAACCAUGAAGAUGCGAAAAUCAAUAGAAUUUAUGGAUUCUAUGACGAGUGUAAAAGGAGAUUUAAUGUUCGACUCUGGAAGAUAUUCACUGAUUGCUUCAAUUGCUUACCUGUUGCUGCACUCAUCGAAGACAAGAUUCUUUGCAUGCAUGGGGGUAUUUCCCCAGAGUUGAGUAGUCUCUCUCAAAUAAGAGACAUUGAAAGGCCCACUGAGAUUCCAGAUAGCGGUCUCCUAUGUGAUUUGCUAUGGUCCGAUCCUAACCAUGAUAUUAAAGGGUGGGGAGAUAGUGAUAGAGGGGUAUCAUGUACCUUUGGAGCUGAUGUGCUUGCUGAAUUUUUGGACAAGAAUGAUCUUGACCUCAUUUGCCGUGGUCAUCAGGUGGUGGAGGAUGGAUAUGAGUUUUUUGGGCAACGGCGGUUAGUUACAAUAUUUUCAGCCCCAAACUACGGUGGCGAGUUUGAUAAUGCAGGUGCUUUAUUAAGUGUUGAUGACUCACUAGUCUGUUCAUUUGAGAUCUUGAAACCAGCUGAAAAGAAGUCGGCAUCGGGCAGUUCAAAUACACCAGCUGCCACAAAUAAGAAGGUUCUAAAAGGUGGAAAAAAUUUAUGAAGGACCACUGUUGUUUUCCAUGGAUGUGAUUCAACUCACAAGCAGGUUAGGUGAACUUGGUUUUGGAGGAGCUCGGAUUAUUUGUUUUUCAAUGGGUUAGCUUGGGAAGCUUUUCAACCCAACCAAUGGUGAUUAAGACCUCCACAAAGUCAAAGCUUUUCAAUUGUUAGAAAAUAUAUACAAUCUGUACAUUAAUGACGUAACAGUGUCUUCUGUAUAGCAAAAUGAAGAUGGUUUUUUUUUUUUUGUUUGUUUGUUUUUUGUUUUUUUGUUUUUUUUUUUUGUUUUUUUCUUGUUUGGUUUAUUAGAAUAAGACAGUUGGCUAGCUUCAAAGUGUCUUUUUGACCCUGGCCGCCGUUCUUGGUUUUGGUCAUUUUAUUGAGUUUGCAUUCUUUAACCCACGGUUGUAAUUUGAUGAUGUCUAUGGGUCAAAUGGUGGGAGCUUGAAGAUUUCAAGACGAGAUUCAGA